AUGGUGCAGCGGAUCACGCAGCUCUUGCGCGAGUCGCGGCAGCGGUUGACAAUCCCGGAGGCGGACGAGGAGCGGUGGCCGGGCGCGUACGCCACUGCAGAGACGGUGCACGAGGCGCCCAGCACGAGCGGGCGCGACCUGGGUUGCCCUGUCUUUGUGAUGCUGCCGCUAGACACUGUCUGGGUGGUGGAGCGCGACGGCAAGCGGGUGGCAAUUCUGAAGCGCGAGAAGGCUCUGGAGAUUGCGCUGCACACGCUGCGCAGCGCCGGGGUGGAGGGCGUGAUGGUGGACGUGUGGUGGGGCAUCUGCGAGCGCGGAGGCCCACGGGUGUACGACUUCAGCGCCUACAAGCGGCUCUUCCACAAGUGCGCAGCGGCGGGGCUACGUGUGCAGGCGGUGAUGUCGUUCCACGCGGCGGGCGGCAAUGUGGGUGACACCUGCAAGAUCCCCCUGCCCAAGUGGGUGGUGGACAUAGGGGAGCGCAACCCCGACAUAUUCUACACAGACAAGCAGAUGCACAGGAACAAGGAGUGCCUGUCCCUAGGGUGUGACGAGGUUCCGCUGUUCUGGGGCCGCACCCCGGUGGACAUGUACCGCGACUUUGUGGACGCCUUUGCUGACACCUUUGACUACCUGUUCGGCACUGUUAUCACGGAGGUCACCGUGGGCAUGGGCCCCGCGGGGGAGCUGCGCUACCCGUCCUACCCCGAGGGUGACGGGCGGUGGCGCUUCCCCGGGGUGGGGGAGUACCAGUGCUACGACAAGUACAUGCUGGGUGACCUGCGGCGGGCAGCACACAUUGCGGGGCGGCCAGAGUGGGGCCAUGGCGGCCCCCAUGACGCUGGCCACUACAACAGCAAGAGCUGGGAGACGGGAUUCUUCGUCAGCCAGGGCGGCAACUGGCAGACCGAGUAUGGCCAUUUCUAUCUGUCGUGGUACAGCGGCCACCUGGUGGCGCACGCGGACAGGAUACUGGGGGCGGCGGCGGCAGCGCUCUCAAAGCCGGGGCGGCCGCGCCUUCUGCGGAGCGCGAUUGAGCUUGAUGACGGCCACGUGGUGUACGAGUUUGAGCCGGCUGUGAAGCUGGGGGCCAAGCUGGCCGGGGUGCACUGGUGGUUCAAGAGCCGCGCCCACGCGGCGGAGCUCACGGCCGGCUACUACAACACGCGCGACCGCGACGGCUACGCGCCCAUCAUGCGCACGCUGUCCAAGUACAACGCGCGGCUGUCGUUCACCUGCGUGGAGAUGCGCGACUGCGAGCACCCGCCAGAGGGGCGCUGCAGCCCGCAGGGGCUGCUGCAGCAGGUCCUGGAGUGUGCGGAGGCUCACGGCGUCCCCCUGGCGGGGGAGAACGCGCUGCAGCGCUACGAUGAGCACGCCUUUGACCGCAUCGCGGAGUCGGCCUUUGGCAAGACGGCGCGCAGCGGGCGGCUGGAGCAGCUGACGUUCCUGCGGAUGGGGGACCUCAUGUUUGACAACUGGGAGGCCUUCUGCGCCUUCCUGCGGCGCAUGAGGGGGCAGCAGGGGUGA